AAGAUCAAAGCAGUCACAGGUACAUAUUUUUGCUGUCACACAGCUGCAUGCGAGAAGCGUAGUAGUAUGGCGAGUAAACUCAUCGAGACGUUAUUUAUCUACAGCCUGGCUUCAUUUUAUGGGCUUUUGGCAUCCUUCGCAGUCUUAUGGCAGAUAAUACGUCGAUUUGAAAUCCCUUCCCGAGCAAAGCGGAGAGACACCCCUCCAGUAUGCCUUCUAAACCCUGAACUUGGAACCCACCACUUUCUAAGAACAGCUUCAAACAUAAAAAUUCAUUAUGUGGCCAAAGGUGAUCCACAAAAACCACUCAUGCUCUGCCUUCAUGGCUUCCCUGAGUUUUGGUAUUCAUGGCGAUAUCAGUUGAAAGCUUUCAGUGAUGACUACAGGGUGGUUGCAGUAGAUUUGAGGGGCUAUGGAGAAAGUGAUCAUCCAAUAGGAAAGGACCAGUACAAGGGUUCAUACUUAGUGAAUGAUGUCAAAGAAGUGAUUGAGGGUCUGGGCUACAGUUCAUGUGUGUUGCUUGCUCAUGAUUGGGGAGGUGCCAUUGCAUGGAAUUUCACCCAUAUUCACCCUGAAUUUGUCGACCGGCUGAUUGUGUGCAACAUUCCACACCCAAUAUGCUUUUCAAAGUGUUUGAAGACAUCUAAAAGACAAUUCCGUGCUUCCUGGUACAUGUUCUUCUUUCAAUUGCCUUACCUUCCAGAGUACUUCCUUGAGAUGGACGACUUUAAAGUUUACGAUGAGGUUUUUAAGAAUGUCAAAAACUUCACUGAAGAAGAUGUAGAAGCAUACAAGUAUGCUUUGUGUCAGUCUGGGUGUACUGGUCCCUUGAACUACUACAGGGCUGCGUUUUCUUACCAAGAUUUACCUCCUGGGUACUGGCGCACCAAGAUCAAGGCUCCAACCCUUGUGGUUUGGGGAAAAGAAGACAUGGCUCUGUUGAUGGAAACGUUGACAGGAACUGAUAAUUUUGUGGAAGACUUGACGAUCAAAUACGUUGAUGGAGCAACUCACUGGGUCCAAGUCGAUGGAUGCGAGGACGUGAACAAACACAUUCGUGAGUUUCUCAAUGUCCAUCCACAGGAAUCUUUACAGAAACCAGAUUAGAACGAGACAAGGACUGUUCAAUGCGCCUUUUAGUUGAUUUCUCUGCUACUGAAGAAAACGAGUGUCUGCCAAAAUUUCCAAGGAAAUAAAAGUCUGCUCUUGGUUUUAGAGAGGAGAGUAGAACGAGAGGAUUUGGUAAUUCCCAUUACCAUCAUCAAGAUUCUCAAGAUUGACAUUAAAUUAGAUAACAUUUUCCUUUAAGUUGUUCUCUAGUUUUUGUACGUUGUGUCUGAGGCUGAUAGUUUUCAAUAGUGUGAAAUGGAUUUGUCUCGUAUGUGUCAUUUUCAAUGCUCCAUAAAAUUAAAGUAA